AUGUGGAAUACUGCUUCAGGUGAAGAACUUCACACUUUCAAUGGACAUACAAAUGUGGUUUAUGCAAUUGCUUUUAAUAAUCCUUUUGGAGAUAAAAUUGCCACUGGAUCUUUUGACAAAACAUAUAAAUUAUGGAGUGCAGACACAGGAAAAUGUUUUCAUACACAUCGAGGACAUUCAGCAGAAAUUGUGUGCCUUAGUUUUAAUCCUCAGAGUACUCUGGUUGCAACUGGUAGCAUGGAUUCAACAGCUAAAUUAUGGGAUGUACAAACUGGAACUGAUUUAUGUACAUUUUUAGGCCAUUUUGCUGAAAUCAUCUCAGUUUCAUUCAACUCUACAGGAACACAGCUGAUUACUGGAUCAUUUGAUCACACAGUUUCUUUAUGGGAUGUCAACAGUGGAAAACGUAUUCAUAAAUUGACUGGUCAUAAUGCUGAAGUGAGUAGCACACAAUUCAAUUGGGAUUGUUCUCUUAUUGUGUCAGGAUCUAUGGACAAAACUUGUAAAAUAUGGGAUACUGCUUCAGGACAAUGUAUAGCAACUCUAAAGGACCAUGAAGAUGAAAUACUUGAUGUAUGUUUUGACUAUACUGGCCAGUAUUUGUUGACGGCUUCAGCAGAUGGAACUGCUCAUGUCUAUAAUGCUCCAACACAUGUUUUACGCUGUAAACUAGAAGGACAUGUUGGUGAAAUUUCUAAAAUCACAUUUAAUCCCCAAGGAACUGCUAUUUUGACUGCAUCUUCAGACAAAACAGCUCGAAUAUGGGAUCCAGAAACUGGAAACUGCAAACAAAUACUUGAAGGACACACAGAUGAAAUAUUCAGCUGUGCUUUUAACUAUGAAGGAAAUAUAAUUAUUACAGGUAGUAAAGAUAACACUUGCCGAAUAUGGCGGUAG